GAAAUCUGCAGUGUUCGGAAUCAGCUGUCACCCACUGAAGUGAGCGGUAUGUCGAUAACUGGGAAACUUGCUGUCGUCACCGGAGGGGCUUCCGGAAUCGGGAGAGCGGUUUGUCAGGCCCUCGCUCGCAACGGCUUCAGAUGCGUUGUCGCAGACUUGAACCUGGAAGAUGCCAAGAAGACGAGCGACAUUCUGGAAAAGACUGCCGAUGGAAAACAUUCGGCUGUCGAAGUUGAUGUCUCGAACGGGAGCUCGGUUGCUUCGCUAUUCGCAAAGGUCAAAGAAUUCCAUUCGAUGCCAGCGAAUGUUGUCGUCAAUUGUGCCGGAAUAACCCGAGAUGGGUUCCUGCUGGACAUGUCUGAAACUCAAUUCGAUCAGGUCGUGAAUGUGAAUCUGAAGGGAACGUUCCUGAUCACAAAACAUGGUGCUCAGGAAAUGAUCGCGGCCCAGAUCCCCGGUUCGAUCGUGACCAUUUCCUCGGUGAUCGGCAAAACCGGCAAUAUCGGUCAGACGAACUACGCCGCUUCCAAAGCGGGCGUGGUCGGAUUUACAAAAUCGGCUGCUCAAGAACUGGCGAAAUUCAAUAUACGGUGUAAUUCCGUCCUUCCUGGCUUCAUUGACACGCCGAUGAUAGCGACGGUGCCCGAAAAAGUCAUGUCGAAGGUAGAAGGCAGCAUACCCUUGAGGCGCAGAGGUACUCCGGAUGAGGUGGCUGAGGUCGUGCACUUCUUGGCGUCGGAGAACAGUUCUUACAUGACUGGAAGCAUCAUCGAGGUCACAGGAGGACUCUUCAUGUAAUGCUUUACCGACGCGCGCAGUGAAUCGUUCUGAACAGUUUUGUAAUAAACUCUA